AUGGCCGCACUCCGUCCACGCAUACUCCUCCGCAACACUGGCAGCACAGCAACAGCAUCACGCCCACUCGCGACCUCGGCGCAACGCAGCUUGCCCCGCUCCCCGCGCCAUGCUUCCACAUCGACUGCGACACCUUCCAUUCCGGCACGUCCGACCGACCCCAGCGCAUCCCCCUUCCCUCCCUCUUCUUCAUCCCCCUUCGCAGACGCUCCCUCAGAUCCUUCACUCCCCGAGGCACCUCCUGCACCUCCUUCCUUCCCUGCGGUCGUGACCUCGCUUACGGAGCCUGCACCCCCGACAACUCCCUUGUCUCCCGACCUCGACGUCCUUUUCCACAACCUCGCGACCUCGUUUGUUCCAGGCAACCAACCCUCUCAACACCAUAUCGCGUCCCACCUCGUUAUUCCCGAUGGUGCGCGUGCACCCACUCCUCCUCGUGGGCCCGACGAUCCCGUUAUUGCGCUCGUGACCCCCUUCGAGGGUGGCGACGCCUAUAUCACUCGCGCAGUUAACGAGGUGGCGGCACACCUGGGUGCAGAUGUCAUGCGCCUUGACCUUACUCUUGGUGUGGGCUUUGAUGGACCGCAAGCGCCUCUAGCUGAAACUGGACUGUCGGCUCCUCACAUUGCCCAAGCUGUCAACCCUCUCUUCCAAACUUCCUCGCAGACGCAGCCGAACGAGUCUACGGUGGAAGACGAAUAUAUGGAGGAGGACGACGAUGAUGACCAUUCAGCUGCUAUGCCCAAGAUGAUCCGCGUACCCAUGGUGGCCAUGAACACUGUCGGGCAAGCGCCCAACCCGUUUAGCGGCGCGAUGAUGGGUAAUUUGGGGGGUGGCUCCUCGAGUUCUCAGCCGGCUGUGAACGAAGAGUGGAUCUCGUUUUUCGACUCUAUCAUCAACCUCCAGUUGCCCGAGGGCGAAGGACAUGGCGCCACGCGCCGCAUCCUCCUGCUCGAGUCGACAGCUGCCAUGGCCGAGACCAUCGACGUCUGGUGGCCGUCGUUCAUGGAGACUGUGCGCCGCCGCCGUCGCGGGUCCAAGCAACUUGCCAAGGACAAGGGCAAGAAGCCUGCCUCGACGUUCCAUCCGACCACUGUUGUCCUCUCUGUCGCCCCGAGUCUCCUCCUUCCACACACUGCCGAAUGGCGUGAGCCCCCAUCCACCGACGCAGCCGGCGAGACCAAGGACCGUCUCCGGUCCUUUGCUGAGGCCCUCGGUGCCUCUGUGGGUUCUAUCCAUGUCGUCGAACCAAAUGCCAAGCAUACGGAGAAGCUCUGGUGGAGCAGCGAAGAGCACGACCUGACUGGCCGCGCUGAGCGCGAGGAACGUCGUCUGCGGGCCAUCCUGCGUGACGGUCCCCAGUCGCUACUGCCUUGGGUUCCUGCUGGCGCCGCCCGUCCCUCACCCCCGCCGUCGCACCCGAUCCUUGAUAUACUUAUGCGUUCGAGGAAAAAGGACGAGACCCCGGACACGGUUAUGGCGUGGAAGAUUCUGCCCAUCAUCCCGGCGUCUCGCGACCUUGGUCUUGAGCAGCACGAGCGCACAACCCGGCGUCGCGCCGUCAACGCCGCGCUUAUGAUGCGCGCCGUUGGCCAACUCGGCGCUACGCUCGAAGAGCCUCUCACCAUGCUUCAGGCGCACGGUACUCAGCCCCCUCGUGGACGCAAGAAGCGUCUCGCGCGCCGCAAGGAGCCUGACCCGGAGUGGAGUGAGUUUGUGAUUGCCUGGGCUGGCGCAGUGGACGUGGCGAGCACUGCUGUCGGUCGUGCCGCGGUGAAGGCCGCCACUCCUGGUCCGAUCGUGCUCAAGUGGGCCGACAUCCAGGACGCCCGUGUCGUGCACGAGGACCACGAACGCCGUAUCGAUGACACUGUUGGCGCCCACCUUGCCGCUGCUGAGGCCGCCAACGCUGCCAAUACCGCGGGCACCACGCCCGACAAACCCACCAAGGCCGCCGACAAGCCGAUCACCGAUCCCGUUAUCGAGGCCCUCAAGAAGAACAAGGACCUGAACAAGCACGAGAAGCGCCUGCUCAGCUGUAUUGUCGACCCGUCAAAGCUCGCCACGGCCAGCUUCACCGAUGUACACCUCCCCUUCAAGACCAUCGAUGCUAUCCGCACCGUCAUCUCCCUCCCGCUUCUCUUCCCCGACGCGUUUGAAGGCGGUAUCCUGAAGGAGCACGUCACCUCGGGUGCUCUCCUCUUCGGUCCUCCAGGAACGGGUAAGACCCUCCUCGCCCGUGCCAUUGCCGCCGAGAGUGGGGCGCGCAUGCUCGCCAUCCAGCCGUCAGACGUCAACGACAUGUGGGUCGGUGAGGGCGAGAAGCUUGUCAAGGCCGUCUUUUCGCUGGCCCGUCGCAUGUCGCCGUGUGUCAUCUUCCUUGAUGAGGUCGACUCGCUCUUUGGCGCGCGCUCCGCCCGCGACUCUAGCGGUGGCUCAAAGGCGCACAACCAGGUCCUUACCGAGUUUAUGCAGGAGAUGGACGGUCUCACGUCGUCGGCCGCCAACCGCGAAAAGCGUGUGGUUGUGGUUGGAGCUACCAACCGUCCCUUUGACCUCGACGACGCGAUCCUCCGUCGUCUGCCUCGUCGUCUCCUGGUCGACCUCCCGGGCCUCGAUGACCGCAAGGCCAUUCUGCGCAUCCUCCUCCGUGGCGAGUCGCUCGCCGCAGACGUCGACAUUGAUAAGAUUGCGGCCGAGACCGAGGGCUUCUCCGGAUCAGACCUCAAGCACCUCUGUGUCGCUGCCGCCCUCUCGGCAGUCAAGGACGUGAUUGACGUGCCGUGGAAGAAGAGCUUGGCGGGCAACGUUUCCGAUACCGUCAAGGCUGCUCCUCAGGCCGCACCCGAGUCGUCUGGCGGCCCAGGUGCCGAGGAGGUCCGCCUUCUCGUCGACGAGCCCGAACCCCAGACAGAGAAGCGCGAGGUUGAGCCCGAGCCGAUCGAUGUCACUGCCAACGCAUCCGCGGCCGCCAAGCGCGUCGAGGAGGCGUACGUCAAGCAGCUCGAGGCAAAGGCCGCCGAGGAGGCCGAUGUGGCUGCGGCGCGGGCCUCCGCGUCGUCGACUGGCACUGAGUCUGACUCUCAGGCCGCGGCUGCCAAGGCCGUAGACGCUGGUGCCGAGGAUGGUGCGUCCGCCGAGACUGUUGAUGGCGCCACACCGCCACCAGCAAGCGAACCCAAGCCGCUCGCACGCACACUCGCGGCCAAGCACUUCAAGACUGCCCUGGGCGAGAUUCGUCCCAGUUCAAGCGAGGAGGGAACACUCCCCGAGCUCCGCAAGUGGGCCGACCAGUACGGCGAGGGAGGCAAGCAAAAGGGCAAGAAGAGCGGGUUCGGCAAGGGCUUUGGUUUCGGCAACGAGGUGCUCAAGUCGAACAAGGGCUUUGGCCGGGUUGUCGACGGCGAGAAGUGA